AUGAGAUUAUUGUCCAGAAAUGGUGUAACGCACAACGUUUGGAUUGCUUACGUGCUCACGCUCUUCUUCUGGUCCGCUCGAAGCAUCCUCUUUCAAGAAAUUGUAGCUGGUUACGUAUUUGUACUUACAUCUUCUAACAAACCUGUAGGUAUGGUCAAGGGCAUUCAAGGGAUUUCACAGCUCGUUUUCUCGCUUCCAGGCGGUUAUUUUGCUGAUCGCAUUCGUCGAGAUACUAUACUCAAGCUUUCUGGAGCUAUUGGUAUUAUUGGAGCAGUCAUCACUUUUUUGUCAGUAGAAAUGACAUCCAUUAAUGGUCUCUACGUGGCUUUCGGGAUCUGGGGAAUGUUUGCAGCAUUCCAGAGCCCCGCCAUGGAAGCUCUGUUUGCUGACUCCAUUCCUCCUGGAAAGCGCAGCUUCCCUUUCAUGAUUAAGUACAAUAUUAGCAAUUUCGCACAGAUGCUGGGUCCUGCACUGAGCAUUUUACUUUUCUUAAUUUACGGAGACAAGUGGCAAUUACCGGAGCUCAAGCCUGUGCUCGAAUUUGGCUGUGUGUUGGCCAUCAUUGCCUCCUUCAUCUUGUUUCAGUUCAAUGAUGACAGAGCCAAAGACUUCAUGCUGGACAAGGUCAAGGACGAGAAAGAAAAGGAAACUUUAUUAGAGAAAGUGGUCCCUCCGUCGCCACUGUGCACACCAAAGCUUGUUGGCAACGGCAAUGAGAUCGACAUGGUGUACGACUACUCGGACGAAGACGACAUUACUGUAGAUGUCAAGUCUCCCCCGACAGUCACGGAGAAUACGGCGCUAUUGCUACUGAAGGGAAAAACGGCGGACGAGUUAGAUGUGGACCGUCAGCAGCGCUUACAGAAUGUGGACGACGACAAGGAAGGCUACAUGGCCCAUCUCGAUGCCAGGUUUCUCUGCUUCCGCACUAAACACGUGCCGUACAUUUUGUUCAUGUCGGAUUUUAUCAUUAGCAAUGGCGCUGGCAUGACGAUCAAUUUCUUCCCGCUCUUUUUCAAGGAAGAGUAUGGACUUACGCCGAUUCACAUGUGCGCGCUCUUCAUUAGUCAACCGCUCGUUGUUAUGAUCAUGUCAUUCCUUUCACAGCGACUGUCUAAGUCGUGUGGCCGCAUGCCAAUUAUUGCAUCCACACGAGCACUUUCGGUGGCGUGUCUGUUUUCAAUGGCAUACGCGCAGCCGAUGGCUCUGCAGAUCGUGCUGUUCCUGAUGCGUGGUGGUAUGAUGCGCUGCUCACAACCUCUGCGUCGGUCCAUUCUGAUGGACUACGUCCCUAAGAACAUUCGUGCACGCUGGAACGCGCUAGAAAGCUUGUCAGUGUUUUCCUGGUCGGGUAGUGCAGUGCUUGGAGGCUUUCUUAUCGAUGCGUAUGGUUAUCGCAUGUGCUUCAUCAUCACGUCGCUUGUCUACUGCGUUGGUCUGGGCUUGGAGCUGUUCCUGCUGCCGCUGACAAAGCACGCCGUUGAAAGAUAG